GGCUCCUCUAAAUUACGUAGGGCUCGCCGCGACCUUUCAACGUUUCGCAACGCCUCUCAACCGAUUCUUCUCACCCAAAACCACCUCGCCUCGGCCGAUGAGCGGCGCCACUCGCAACCCGCGGCACUGACGUACGCACUCGCCGCUCCCCAUGGCCGCGUCGCUCACCCGGGCUGCCGCCCUCCGGCGGACAGCUCCCCUAUCCGCCCUCGCCUUGGCCUCGUCGUCGUCGGCGUCGGCCGGUCAUCUCGGACGCGCCGCCGCCAGCGCCCGCGCCGCGCGCCUGUUCGCGACGUCGUCCCCGGCGCUCCUACCCUCGGGCUUCGCGAGUCCGAUGCCGUCGUACUUCCAGAAGCCCCGGUUGCCGGCCAACACAGUCGUGCGCUUCGUCCCGCAGCAGACGGCGUGGAUCGUCGAGCGCAUGGGCAAGUUCAACCGCAUACUCGAGCCUGGCUUGGCGAUCCUGAUGCCCUUCAUCGACCGGAUCGCCUACGUCAAGAGCCUCAAGGAGGUGGCCAUCGAGAUUCCCAGCCAGAGCGCCAUCACGGCAGACAACGUCACGCUCGAACUCGACGGUGUGCUGUACACGCGGGUAUUCGAUGCGUACAAGGCCAGCUACGGAGUCGAGGAUGCCGAGUACGCCAUCUCACAGCUCGCCCAGACGACGAUGCGCUCCGAGAUUGGCCAACUGACACUGGACCACGUCCUCAAAGAGCGCGCCGCCCUCAACACCAACAUCACCGCCGCCAUCAACGACGCCGCCGAAGCCUGGGGCGUCACCUGCCUGCGUUACGAGAUCCGUGACAUCCACGCCCCCGCCGCCGUCGUCGAAGCCAUGCACCGCCAGGUCACGGCCGAGCGCUCCAAGCGCGCCGAGAUUCUCGACUCGGAGGGUCAGCGCCAGAGCGCCAUUAACAUUGCCGAGGGCAAGAAACAGAGCGUCAUCCUCGCCUCCGAGGCCAUGCGCGCCGAGCGCAUCAACAUGGCCGACGGUGAGGCCGAGGCCAUCCUGCUCAAGGCGCGAGCCACGGCGCAGGGCAUUGACGCCGUCGCUCGCAGCAUCCUCAACGGCGAGGAGGGCGCCCGCGGCGCGGUGAGCCUGACCGUUGCGGAGAAGUAUGUCGACGCCUUUGGCAAGCUGGCCAAGGAGGGCACUGCGGUCGUCGUGCCGGGCAACGUCGGCGACAUUGGUGGCAUGAUUGCCACGGGCCUCAGCGUCUACGGCAAGGUCGGUGAGGCGCAGGCCAAGUCCAUGGCACAGAAAGCCAUGGUUGCCGAGCCUGGCCAAGGCAAGGCCAUCGGGCAGUCCGCCUCCGAAGCGGACCCCGUGGAAAGCAGGAAGCGAGAAAUGAAGGAGAGCAUGCUCGACGGGUUCAACCAGACGGCAGCCAAGAAGUAGCCGCCGCCACAUCCUACGCCGGGGCUAUUUUGUCGUGCGCGCGAAAAAACAGAGGCUCCGCCCGGCCUCGCUCGCGCCGACGACGGCUUCAUCAUCUGGCCUCGGCUGCCUUCGGGCAGUGUCUCAUCACAGUCAUCUCAGCGACGGGGAUAUAUGUGUGUGUGUUCACGUCGCAGGGCAGGAAGGCAGGCAAUGUACUUUAUCCCCGGUAGGAAAUUAGACAAAACCGAAUUGGGGGGGGGGGGGGGGGAUCUUGGACCGAGAUUGCUGGGUGGAGAGGGAGACUGAGCUGGGGUUGAUUGGGAUGAGAGGAGCUCGCAAACGCGCGACGGUGCGCGUCCACGCUAUGUAUGCACUUUGUACUCUACUCUGAUACUACGUGAAGUGGGGGGAAAUGGAGGGGAAGGGGAUGCGGAAUAUAGAAAGUACGUAUGUACACUGUAUUUUCCCCCCCACGCAUAUACAAGAC